UGUUUUUUCUGUUUUUUUUUUUCCCGCACUGUGGCUGUGCCGAUAGAAUACAGCAGAUUUUUAGCACUGUGGCAGCAGUGCCGACAGAAAACAGCAGCCUUUUGGCAAUAAACAGCAGCUAUUGUUUUGCGCUGCGGGCAGUAAAAUACAACAAACAAUACAGAUAUGGCUAAAAUACGUGUCUGCAUGUAUGAAAAUGUCGAUGAGGUUGUCUUUAAAUCGUCAAUAUACCCCAAGCGAUUACCAGCUAUUCUUAAAGGAAUUGCGAUAGGACACUGCAAGCAGAAAUGGAACAAAGAAUAUCUAAAAAAAGUGAUUGGUAAAAAUGAGGUGAAAGUUCAUGUUUGCAAAACACCCCAAAUGGAUUUUAUUAGAAAGAACUUCAUUUACAAGACACUAACAUUUGAUGAUUUCAUUGAAAGAGCAUCAAGUGAAAAGCAUCAUGAGUACUUCCUCAGUGAGAUACCCGAUUACGGCAAUUGGAAAAUUACAACUUAUGAAAAGUACCAUCCACCUCAGCCCAACAUAGUGGAGGCUGAGGAUGAGAAGUAUUACCUAAGGUCACUUGGAGAAGAUCCAAGGAAGGAUGUAUCUAAUUUUCAUCAGCUGUUUCCAACACUAUCAAAUGACUUGAAAGAACCCAAGCUUUUUGAUUCAGAAAGUUUUUUUUCUAGUGUCUUGAGAAUUGGAUCUCCUGGAGUACAAUUAUGGACCCACUAUGAUGUAAUGGAUAACAUAUUAAUUCAAGUGAAUGGUAGAAAAAGAGUUGUCCUUUUUAGUCCAAAGGAUGCCCUCAAUCUGUACCUUGUUGGUGAUAAAUCUGAAGUUAUUGAUAUUGAUAAUCCUGAUUAUACUAAAUAUCCAUUAUUUAAAAAUGCUACUUGGCAUGAGUGCCUGCUGGAGCCAGGUGAUGUCCUUUUCAUACCAGCUUUAUGGUUCCAUAAUGUUACAAGCUUAGACUUUGGAGUAGCUGUUAACGUAUUCUGGCGUCAUUUAGAUCCAUCUGCAUAUGACCAUAAGGAUGUAUACGGAAACAAAGACCCAUUGGCGGCAACAAGAGCAAUUCAGAUCGCUGACAGAGCCAUAAAGACUUUGCAUGAAUUGCCAGAUGAUUACAGAGACUUUUACGCUCGUAGAAUUAUUGGCAAAAUUCAAUCUAAAGCAUGCAGUCAGUUUUAAAGAAAAGUCCUUGGACACAAUGUAUAUUAGUUGCUGAUUUGAGGAAUCAGGAAAUGCAAUAUAUGCUCUGUGCUUCUAACCAAAUGUCUGAGGCUCUUCUGAGAAUAUUGACAUGCAUGGAUGAUUAAAAUUAAAUCAAUUAAAAUUAAAUUGGGGCUUAAUGCAGUGGCGGUGCCAGCAGGGUGUCAGAAGGGGAAAAUACCCCCCCCCCCCGGCAGACUUUGACCCGGCCGGGUUAACUCCACAAUCUUUUCCAGUAUAUACGACUGCCCUUGACGGCAACCUCUUCUCUCGUUCUGCCGGAUGUUUACAGAUAAGCUAUGAAGUCCGUCUGAUUAAUAAAUUCAAAUUAAAAAUAAAUCUAUAAUCAUGCCUCUAACAAACUUGUAUUUUUGGUGUUGUGGCUGGCUUUGCAAUACGUUUGCUUAUAUGCCUAGGCAAACCUUCCCAUCAAUAAUCCUUUUUUUCAUUGUCUUUGUCUUUUCUGUUUGGAUUUAUCAAGUUCAAUUUCUCUGUGGUUCAAAAUCUGCCAUUGCCAGUGUAUGUCUGAAAGAUGAAAUAUUACAGAUUACAUGAACGUUUGCAAAGUUUCCUCGCAAUUUGUAGGCUUAGUUGGUGCUCCUUACUAAUUUAUUGAGCUAAUUGGAUUAAAAUUAAUGGCUGUUUUAAGGAAGAAAUGCACCAGUAAAGCCUGCAUUCCAUAAAUUCGUUUCUUUGGAUAAAACAAUACAAGACUAUACAGUAUUGACCUAUUUAUCUUCUUUGAUCCUUCAUGACUUUAAAAUGGCCUCUUGACAGUUCCAAGAAACGAGUCUGUAAACAUUUUUUUGACGACAGCCAUCUUCAUCCAACAUUAUCAAUUCACAGUAAGGUGUAGACACUGGCUUGUGAAUUUUUUUGACUGUUUUGAUCUUAAGAUGAGAAGUUAAACAUCGCUAUCUUUCUUUUAUUGGCAACUCCAAUACUUCCCUUGGUUUCUCUUUCUUUCCUGGCUUUGUUGAUUGUUGCAGGUUCAUUUUCACUAAACCAAAGAGUAUAGAUAGUCCAAGCGCAUUGGUGUUUAACCUGGAAAUGCCUCGUAACAAGCUGAAUUUUUCAGGAUAGGUCCAGAAACAUGAGUAAAAUAACAUACUAAAAAUCCUCCUGGAGCUUUGAAGAUGGCGUCUAAAGUGGUCGCCAUUUUAAAAUUUUAUUAUAACUUCAUAACCAAUAUAAGUACGGGAAAUAAACGACAGCGCCACCAACGUAAUCAAUUAAUGAGCUAUCGUUAAUGUCAACUAUCAAUGAACACAUGUAUCUCUUUGAACAAUUUAAGAAAAUGGUUAGGCUAGCUUUCCUUUUACACUGAAUUAUGCCUUUGUUAAUAAUGUAAUUAGCCAAUGACACACUUGCUAAUUCGGUAUGGUUUCUAUGUUUCCUUACUUCUUGAAAACCAAUCAAAUACUUCAAUUGACUGUUCAACUACUAUAAACCGUCAACAUAUGGAAA